AUGGAUGACAUCCAGUCGUUUUAUCGUGAACGGGCUGCAAUUGAGAAAGAGUAUGCGACUAAACUGGUUGCACUGAGUUCAAAGUAUUUUGAGAAGAAAGCCAAAUUAAGUACAAGUCUCAGUGUAGGAGACACUCCUCAGGUGACUCCAGGGAGUUUGGAGAACGCUAGUUUGGUCACAUGGACAGAAAUUCUGACCGAAACGGAACAAAUUGGCAAAGAGAAACAGCGGCUAGCUCAGGAAUUCACAAUUUCUAUUGCAGAUCAAAUUCAUGGUCUGGAGUUGAGAUUUGAUGAGGUCAAGAAGAAGUAUGUGAACUGCCACGAGGACGUGGUGAAGCGGAGAGAAGACAUAUAUAGCUCGCACAAGAAAGCCAAAGUGGACUACGAUGCGAGCUGUCAAAAAAUGGAAGACACAAGAAUGAAAGCAUCUAAAUCAUACGAUAAAAGCAAGGAAAAGGCGAAUAAGAAAAUGGAGGGCAAGGAGCAUGACAUGAACAAAGCCAAGAACCAUUAUCUUAUUAAGAUCAAUGUCGCCAACCGUGUGAAGGAUAAAUACUAUCGCGAAGAUUUGCCUGAGAUUUUAGACGGUCUUCAAGGAGUCAAUGAGGCUAGAGUCUCACUACUGAAUAGUUUUUGGAAACAGGCUAUUUCUUUAGAAAAAGCCAAUAACCAACGAUGCAUCACCAAUUUAGACAAAAUGACCGAAGUUGUGGAGCAGAAUAUACAGACGCUAGAUUCAGCAAUGUUUGUCAAGCAUAAUCUCAAGCAGUGGAAAGAACCCACAGAUUUUGUAUUUGUUCCCAGUCCAAUUUGGGGAGAUGAUGAAACCAUGGCCACCGGAGAUGAUGAGGAGCUCCGAUAUCUUAGAAAACGUUUGGCAGAUUCGAGGACUAAACUCAGUAACGAAACGAAGAACGUAGAAUCAAAGCUGGAAACUUACAAGCAGCUUGUAGAUGCCAAGAAAAAUAUGAGUUCCAUAUCAGCAUCCAACCAAACAGCUCUAUUAAGCAAGCAUCUUAUGGCACUACAAUCAGUAAUGGCUGCUGAUACCAUGAGAUUAGUGGAGAACGUUGAAGUAGAAACAAUUGAGCUGGCAACUAGUGACAAGGAUCUUUCGUCGGUUCCAGUAGAGCAGACGGUCACCAAACGUGGACUUUUUGGUAGAAAAAAGACCGUCAGGACUGCCACGGGCACAAGUAAUGGAUCAGGAGACGCAGAUUCAGCAUUGGCCCGCACUUCAACUUCUUCAUCGCUUGGUAGAACAGUUUCAAGGCGGUCAACCACUAGCUCCACCACAGCGAAUUCAACAGACAAGCAUAAGCAUUCAUUCAUGUCAGGUAUACUAGGUCGCAGGGGAACACACAAACCAGGAUCCAAGUCCAAUGCCAGCAAUGAAGUAGCUGCUGCGGCACAUACCGAUCCCUUUGGAGCUGGUGGAGACCAAACUAGCAGCCAUAGCCAAGGCACGCAAUACGCUACUGCCCUGUAUGCAUACUCUGCAGAUGGAGAAGACGAGAUUUCCAUUUCUGAAGGACAGCGAUUGGAAGUCAUUGAAGAGGAUGAUGGUAGUGGCUGGAUCAAUGUUCGCCACGGAUCUGAGGAGGGCCUGGUACCUGCCUCUUAUGUACAAUUACUACCCAUGACAGCCACAAUUCCGAAAUCAGUGAGCAAUGACUCGCUUGUUUCUGGAGGUGUUGCUGGUGGAGCACCAGGAUCGGCCAAGAAAAAGGGUCCUACUGUUGCUCCUAAACGCGGAGGCAAAAAAGUCCAGUAUAUGAUUGCACUAUACGAUUAUGAUGCCACAGCACCCGAUGAACUGACCAUCCGAGCUGGCGAUAAGAUCCUUGUUGUUGGCGAAGAUGUCGGAGACGGGUGGACUCAAGGUGAACUGAACGCCAUGUCGGGAACAUUCCCUACCGCAUACGCCAAAUUAGCAUAA